AUGAGUGGCCAUUUAAAUAAGAAUAUGUUACUACGGCGUCGGUUUUGCAAACGUCUGUUUCUUAUUAUUUUUGUGUUUACUAUAUCAUUUUAUAGCAGCGUGCUGUUAUUUGGGAAUUACAAAGAACAUCGAAUAAUGCAUUUAACCAAUUUAGAACGAUGUCCUGCUUGCUAUGGUGUAUCAAUUUGUCCUGAAUUAUAUUCUAAUCAAAUAAUCUUAGAAAAUCAUUGGUCCACUCUAUUUAAUGCAAAAAAUAUUUUUUAUGGCUAUACAAAAUCGCAACGUCGAGUUUUACUAAAGAAACUUGCUCAUGAUUGGGAGUUUAAAGAACUAGAUGACAAAUUGUGUAAAGUUUGGAAUCUGAGCAGCAACUGCAACCCAAAGGAACUGUUAAAUUCCACUGAAGUUGAUCAAAAAAUUAUUGAAAUUGUUCAAUUUAAUCUUUCUUGGCCUGAUACUGAGCCAAGAAAAGGCUUGGUUCUAUGUCCAUAUGCAUACAGUGUGUAUGAUUUGAUUAAUCCUGUCUUAAAUAAUGCAAAUGGGAAGAAAAAAGUACAAAUGAUUAAUGUUUGGACAAUGCUAAGUUUAAAUCCAGAACCACUUAUACUACAGAUAAUUCCAAAGACUAAAGGUUGGCCUGUUCCAGCUUAUGGUGGUGUAUGUGGAAGGUUAGAAGUAGUAGCAGACGAGGGAGAAAUUAUUUCAUCUCUUAGUCAUAUACCUUGGCUAAGAAAGCUUAAAUUUGCUCAAAAAAUAAUCAAUGCCGCUAUGGAUUUUACAUUCAAACAUGACAGAUUUCGUUUCUACCUAAUGGAUUGGUCAAUAGAUAACAUAGUUGCCAAUGAUAAUGAUGAAAUCACAUUUAUAGACCUGGAGGAUAUUGUUGUAUUAGAUAAAAAUAUUUCCCCAAAGAAAGACCUUCCACACUGGUAUGAACGUUAUAGUAGAGAAGUCUUAGGAACUGGGUUUACAUUCUCAAUAGAAAAUUUGUGCCAACAUCACUUAAGUGAUCAUAAUAUAUGGGCAGCAUGUUAUGUGCUAGCAGGGGAUGAAUACCCUUUCCUAUACCCGAUACCUAAGCAAAUCAACAAUACCAGGCCACAUUUAGAUAGGUUGUUACACAACUGUUUGAAUGGUGAUAAUAGGUUUCAUACCAUUGGCAAAUUACAGCGUGUUAUUGAAGAUAUGCUGCUUGAUCCGAAAAUUGCAUCAUUGCAAUCAUCUAAUAGAUAA